CCCAAAUUUGUAAUCCAUCGUUCCCGUCUCAUCUAAUCUCAUAUCUCUUCACCCACUCUCAUUAGAAUUACCCAUCCCGCCGAUUUUCUUGCUCUCUUCCAUUCCCAACCCUUCCCUCCUCCUCCCUCUUCUUUUUUUUCUUCUUCUUUUUCCAUUCCACAUUAUAAUAGUCAUUAAAAUAUAAUAUUAUAAAAUAUAAGACCAGUUUUCUCACUCUGCCCGCAAACCCUAACUUCUCUGACUCUGAGAGACAGCCAUGGCCUCUUCCUCCAGAGACCAAGCCCUCUCUCUCUUCGCCGCCGCCAACAACCAUGGCGACGUCAACGUCAAGCUCUCAUCCCUCACCCAAGCCAAGGACCUCCUUCUCUCCCUCGACCCUUCUCUCUCCGCUGACCUCUUCCCUUUCUUCCUCGAGCUUCAGUCCUCUCCCGAGUCCCUCGUUCGCAAAUUGCUCAUACAGUUAAUUGAGGAGAUUGGUUUUAAAGCAGUCGAUCAUUCUCCUGCACUUGUUUCUAUACUAUUAACAUUUUUGCGAGAUGCUGAUCCGAUAAUUGUAAAGCAAUCUAUUGUUAGUGGCACGAACAUCUUCUGUAAUGUUUUUGUGGAGAUGAUUGUGCAGUUUCAACAAUAUGGUAAAGUAGAGAGGUGGUUAGAAGGGGUUUGGAUGUGGAUGCUUAAGUUCAAGGAUGCUGUUUUUGGGAUUGCUCUUGAGCCUGGUUCUGCCGGAAUAAAGUUGCUGGGACUGAAAUUCUUGGAAAUAUUCGUCUUGCUUUUUACUCCUGACAACAAUAGUCCUGAGAAAUCAACUGGAGAAGGAUCUAGGCAAGCUGCUAAUAUAUCAUGGUUGGUUGGUGGUCACCCUCUUCUUGAUCCGGUGGCUCUCAAGUCGGAGGCAAACAGGACCAUUGGCAUUCUAUUAAAUUUAUUGCAGCCUGGUGCAAGUCUCCCUGGUUGUUUAACAAUUACUGUUAUAAAUUGUUUAUCAGCUAUUGCAAGGAAACGGCCGCAACACUACGAUACAAUUUUUUCUGCAUUGCUCGAUUUUAAUCCAAAUUUUCAAACAGCGAAAAGAUAUCAUAUUGCCAGUGUUCAGUACUCUUUAAGAACUGCUUUUUUGGGGUUUCUUAGGUGCACUUAUUCACCUAUACUAGAGUCUCGAGAAAGAUUGAUAAAGACCCUGCGGGCCAUGAAUGCAGCGGAUGCUGCCGAUCAGGUCAUCAGACAAGUUGACAAAAUUAUUAAAAACGGUGAUCGUUCUACACGUGAUGCUCGGGUUAUCAAGGAUGAUCAAUCAUCAAUUCAGUCACAUGUUUCAGGGGAAUUAUCUAGAAAAAGAGCUAUUCCUUUGGAUAAUGAACAUCUGGCCAAUGGUCAUGAGGCAAUCUCUAAGCGGAUUCGAUCUGGUCCUGACCCUCACUUAACUUUACCAGUUCAAGUAAAUGAUUUUGGACAGGAUCUUAACUCUGUUAAUGGAGUAUCACUUAAUGCUACUGCACUAGAUGGUGAAUUAACUGCAGUGGAGCAAAUGAUUGCUUUGAUUGGUGCUUUGCUUGCUGAAGGAGAAAGAGGUGCUGAAUCUCUUGAAAUCCUUGUUUCCAAGAUUCAUCCUGAUCUGUUGGCGGAUAUUGUGAUAACAAAUAUGAAGCACUUGCCUAAGACACCCCCACCGCUAGCAAGGAUUGGGAAUUCGCCAGUACCUCAACAAGUUGGUUCCCAAUUCAGUCAAUCAAAAGUUUUAGCACCAUCUGCUCCAGUAAGUUCUAUCCAAUCCUUGGCUGUUACGGACCAAGCACCAUUCCCUUCAACUACAAUCACUGCCACUAGUUCAUCACUGUCUGACAUCAAUAAUUUGCCUGCUGAUUCUAAGCGCGACCCACGCAGGGAUCCCCGUCGCUUGGAUCCACGGCGUAUAGCUGCAACUCUUGGUGGGGCAGCUGGGUCUGUUGGAGAUGAUAUUGUGGCAACAAAAUUAGAGUUAGAUGAUCCUGUAUCUUUGAUUAAGCCUUCUUCACCUCCUGUUUCCUCCGCUGAAGAAAAUAAUCAAUCUGAGGCAACAAUCAAUCUGAAAAAUGAGGAUAUCAUUUCUGAAGGUCCCUCACUUUCUGGACCUGAUCGGCUAACUCCCAAGACAGAGGUUCUGGAGAGGCCUGGAGAUACCCAGCACAUUGCGGAAGCAAUUGCUUCUUUGGAUUCCUCAGUCAUUCCCUCUGAUGCAACUGAUGAAGAUCGUAGUACAGUGAAGCUGUUGGAGGAUACUGAAGCAAAUGAGACCGACUCAUUAGAUUUUGAUCAGUUUUCUCCUGAUGUCCAAGUUGCAUCUACAUCAGAAGAUACCUGUCUAGAAUUACCACAGCUACCACCAUAUGUGGAUCUAACCUAUGAGCAGGAAACUAAGGUGAAGCACCUGGCUAUUAGGCAUAUUAUAGAGUCAUACAGGCAUUUGGAUGGGACAGGAUGUCAGCAAUUUUGCAUGCCACUCCUUGCUCGGCUUGUAGCUCAGAUUGAUGACGAUAAUGAGUUCAUUGUGAUGUUGCAAAACCAAAUUGUGGAAGACCACUGGCAAAAGGGUCAUGAACUAGUGCUGUAUGUUUUGUACCAUCUGCACUGCCUCACAGUAUUGGAUUCAGUUGAAAACUCUUCAUCUUCUUCUGUCUUGUAUGAAAAGUUUCUCUUGGGAGUGGCCAAAUCUUUGUUGGAAUCUUUUCCGGCUUCAGACAAAUCUUUUAGUAGGCUUCUUGGUGAAGUUCCACUUUUGCCAGAAUCUGCCUUGAAUAUUUUGAGUGAUCUCUGCUGUUCUGACGUUGUUGAUCAUAAUGGAAAAAUUAUUCGUGAUAUCGAACGUGUAACUCAAGGUCUAGGUGCUAUAUGGAGUUUAAUUUUGGGGCGUCCACAAAAUCGCCAAGCGUGCUUGGGCAUAGCAUUAAAGUGUGCUGUUCACCCACAAGAUGAGAUUCGAGCAAAAGCUAUUCGGCUGGUGACAAACAAGCUCUAUCAGCUUAGUUACAUUGCAGAAGAUGUUGAGAAAUUUGCCACUGAUACUCUUCUUUCUGCCGUAGACCAUGAUGUUUCGCAAUCUGGACCCUCUGAACAGAGACCUGAGGUAGAGGUUGCAUGUCAGGAAAUAAGUGGCACAUCACAGGUCUCAGAGUCUACCCUUUCAGAACACGACUCUGAUAGAACCACUAAGCCAGUGGCUCAAAGUCUUCCGUCUAUAACAUUCUCUGAAGCUCAAGGCUUAAUUUCUUUAUUUUUCGCUUUAUGUACAAAGAAACCUAGUCUUCUUCAGAUUGUAUUUGAUGUCUAUGGGCGAGCCCCAAGGAUGGUUAAGCAGGCUUUUCAUCGCCACAUUCCUAUUCUUCUGAGGGCAUUAGGGCAAUCUUAUACUGAAUUGCUUCAUAUUAUAUCUGAUCCACCACAAGGAAGUGAAAAUCUUUUGACACUGGUACUGCAAAUAUUGACUCAAGAUUCAACACCAUCAUUGGAACUGAUAUCUACUGUAAAACGUCUAUAUGAAACUAAAUUUAAGGAUGUUUCAAUUCUGGUUCCACUGCUGUCAUCACUCUCCAAAAAGGAGGUGUUACCAAUAUUCCCCCGCCUUGUUGACCUACCAUUGGAGAAGUUUCAGAGGGCACUUGCUCACAUACUACAGGGAUCGGCUCAUACAGGUCCAGCAUUAACGCCGGUUGAAGUGUUGGUCGCAAUCCAUGGAAUUGUUCCCGAGAAAGAUGGCCUUGCACUUAAGAAGAUAACAGAUGCUUGUUCAGCAUGUUUUGAGCAGCGUACAGUGUUCACACAACAGGUUCUGGCAAAAGCAUUGAACCAGAUGGUUGACCAAACUCCGUUGCCUCUACUUUUCAUGAGGACAGUUAUUCAGGCAAUUGACGCUUUCCCUGCAUUGGUUGAUUUUGUUAUGGAGAUACUUUCAAAACUUGUGACUAAACAGGUGUGGCGCAUGCCAAAACUUUGGGUUGGUUUUUUAAAAUGCGUAUACCAGACUCAACCGCGUUCUUUUCAUGUAUUAUUGCAGUUGCCACCGCCACAACUGGAAAGUGCUCUUAACAGGCAUGCUAACCUCAGAGGUCCCCUUGCUUCCCAUGCCAAUCAACCAGCAGUAAAAUCUACACUUCCUAGAGCAACUUUAGAAGUUCUGGGUCUUGCAAGUGAAUCUCACGUGCAGCAACAUUUGCCAACAUCACUGCACCCAUCUGACACAAAUUCUUCAGUUCAAGGAGCAACACUGACAUGAUAGUUAAGUCUCUGACAGGAAUUCAGUAACCCGGUCGGCAUUGAAAGUACUGUUGGGGACAGAUUGGCCAAAAUAUCCCGCGUUUGCAGCCAUUGAAGGAGAUCUCUCAUAAAUGGAUAUUGCGCAUUUUGAACCAGAAUGUUGAUGCAUCUGGUUCAGUGUAUAUUAUUUGAGGCACUUAAUGAUAUCAAGAUUCUGUGACCAGAAUCUUAUCUCGGUGCUCCAGUAAAUCCAAGUAUGCUUAGGGUUCCAGGAAUGUAUCAUAGAUGUAUUUUUUUUUUCUUUCAAUUUUUGUUUCCAUUGUUUGUAAUAUUAUUCAUCCAAUUUUGUUUAAUUUAAUUCCUGCCUUUUCCAA